UUGAGGAUAGUUGCUUAAUACUCUAUUUAUCCAUUGAUAAACUAGAUUUUAGAGUUCUACCAGAUAAGCUCUCGUGUGCAUUGCAUCAUCCGAAAUGCCCGACGUCACCGCAGCCAAGGCGGAGAGAGGGAGUUAGCUCCCGAAGCUGGAAAGCACAGGUAACACACAACUCGCAUCCCCGCUUCCCAGCCACCCUCGACUUCGUCUUUUCCUGACUCGACCGAUAAUCUUUGGGAUUCACUUCUCGCUGUUCUUUUGCUGUCCGGAAAUCACAGCUACCCCCUUGACCCUUUACCUCCUCUCCUCUCCUCUCCCGACCUCCUCCCUACUUGCCCGUUUCUCGGCCAAAAAUUCCAGUCUCGAUGGCUCCUCCUCCUCCCGCGACCUUGCCUCUGGCUGAAAGGCUGAAGGCUCUGGCUCAGACCCUCCAGUUUGCCUGGUUUGUUGGCCACCUCACUCUGCUCCUCUCCGUCUUCCGCUACACCUUGUCCUUUAUCUUCUUCAACUACUACUCUUCCGCGGCUCGAUUCUCUUACCGCCUGGCCUUUAUCUCUGCCGCCGUGACCUAUGGAAUUGUCGUCUACAAGGGCCACUUUGCCCGGGGUGUCUCCGGCACUGUGCCUCAGAUUGUGACCAAGCUCAUCUCCGAUGAGAACGUGCAGUACUUGGGAAUGGCUCUUGUCUGGCUGUACUCCCGCCAGCUCAUUCUCGCUCUCCUCCCCUUCAGCGUCUACUCGGUCUUCCACGUUGCGACUUACACUCGCACGUACCUGAUCCCGACUCUGCAGCCCCCAGCUCCCGGUGCCGCGAGCCCCGCCUCGCCCACCGCCGGCUCCAAGCCCGCCGCCAAGCAGAACCCCCUCGCCGAGACCAUUGGCCGCUUCAUCAAGCAGUACUAUGAUGCCAGCAUGGGUGUCGUUGCCACCCUUGAGAUCCUGCUCCUCUUCCGCCUCAUCCUAUCUGCGAUCACCUUCUCCAAGGGUAGCUGGGUUCUGCUGAUCGUCUACCUGUCCUUCUUCCGUGCCCGCUACGCCCAGAGCUCUUUCGUCCAGCAGGCUGUUCGCCAGCUGACCGCUCGCGCCGACGCCUCAAUCUCCCACCAGAGCACUCCCCCUCAGGUUCGCCAGGGUUGGGAGGCCUUCAAGGGUGUCGUGCGCCAGGUCUACGAUGCGACCGACAUUGGCCGCUACAUUGCUGGCCCUGCCGCUGCCAACAAGAAGCCCCAGUAAAUGCUACAAUCACAGCUCGGAUGGACUUUUCCAGAAGUUGGGCUUUUAUCGGGGCUCUACGCGGCUCCCAAGAGCCCUGGUCUUUGGAUUGGUUCACAGGGCAAAAGACAAAUGUCGAUGAUUAUUAUCAGAUGAAACCGUACGGUGGCAGUCUUAUACUAUCACCGAGGGAUGUCCAAAUUUGUGGAGUGAGAACGGGGUUCCUGUAUGUGUGAUGGCUGGACCCGUGGAAGGGGAGGUAUAUGUAGAAAAAGAGGCGGAAGGGGAGAAAAGAGCUUCGCCAUCAUGAUGCUAUACGCAACGCCACGCCUAUGUCUUGAUCUUUUUGUUCGUUUCCUUCAUUCUCUUCUUUCUUCCAGUUGCUGUGCUUUCUGUUUCUGUCUCUAGAAAUUCGCGAUGCAUGGUUUCUGUAUCAUUCUUCCUGCCGAUAUACCUGGACUCGGAGACUUGUUUUUAAGGGAAUAUGACUUGUUGAGGAUGACCGUGACAUGAUCUAUUGUAUACAGGCUAAGGCGAGCCGGCCAUGGAGCUCAAAAAGGCUAUUGAGAAUGUGCGCCACAUCGUAGAGUGAGAGGAGUAGCAGUAGCAGGUACAAUGAAAGACUCACGGAGUGGACAAUUGAUUCUCCAGUCGUCACAAAGAGUGGAAGAUCUCUAAUUAUGCACUAUAAAUUCACAGUUGCUAUUGUCUCAUCUACUUGUCGAGUUUAUUCGCGUCGGCCGAGUCGGCCGAGGGAAUGACGCCCCUAGCUACCGCAUUUUUAAAGACCUCACUUCUUCUCUGAUCAAUCUGAACAUCUUGAACUUACUCCCAUUUUUUGGUGUUUAUCUACUUUCAAGCCUAUCACAAAUAUCCAUCUCGCGAUGAAAGUCCUUCUGACAGGCG